AUGCCAACUCCACUCGUUUCUCCAGAAAGUCCGAACCCAUUCAGGGCGCCUCCGCCAACCCCUAGAAAUUGUAACAGGUCUUUCUUCGACUUAUUUAUUUGUGCGAGAAAAAUUUGAUUGCUGUGGAAAAUUUUGCUUCAAUACCGUGAAAUGAUCUGUAACUUCAAAGAAAAAUUCUUUGUGAGAAAAUUUAUUUUUUUCGGUCUUAAUUCGUGCUUUAGCGUUUCGGAUUAUUACGAAGAGACGCCGAUUCUGAGUCAACCGACGCCGCCACGCUCCGAUUCGCCUCCGUCAGUGCCUCCACCUCCGCCGCCCAUCCAGGCGACGCCCCCUGUCGUCCCUCCAAAGGAUGGCUGGCACAAUGCCGUUACAAGGGUACUGAGAAGUGAAAAAAUCAAAAAAAUCUACAUUAUCAAGUUGUAGAGAGGGUCAUUUUGAAACGGUCACACGAACUUUUGAAGAUAGUACUUAGAACCGAGUUUAGUAGUAAGAAUGUGGAAAAGAAAGCUUAGUAAAAUUAAGAAGAUGCCUCCAAAUUCUUUUUUUGAUCUUCACUUCAAAAAGAAAUAAGGUAGCUAGUCACUCAUUUUAAAAUUUAGAAAUGAAUUCACAGCAACCUGAGGACCAAAUAAUUCAAAAAAACAACUUUUUUUAUGAAUUAACGAACACUUUUCACGAUUUAGUUUCUGAACCACUUGGCUGAAAAAAUGGUCAAAACGUCUCUAAUAACGGUGCUAUUGCAAAAAAAAGUGUAAAUUUCCCCCUUACUGAUUUCGACUUCCCUGGUUUCAAACUGGGUUUCAGUUGAAGAGUCUUUUUUUGUAUAUAACACACAUUUUUUCUACACCGACAGAAACGAUUCGGCGAGCAAGUUUUGGAAAGAAAUACGAGUCCUCUGCCGCAACCGCCUGAAACAGAUGCAAUCCCUACGAUCAAACGUAAUAUUAUGUACGCAAAGGUUCGAAAAAAAACCUUUUCCUAAAUUAUCAUUGAUCUCACCAGGAUCGAAUUGCCCUGUUUGAAAAGCUAAAUACAACUGAAAGGAGUGAGUCCUUGAGAAAAGCUCCAAAACCUCAAGAAGAACGCGAAUUCUACAGUGUGAAACUGCCUCGUCCCAAAACCGUGUCGGAGAGUCAGACGAUGCCGUCUGAUACCUACUCGAUGUCUUCUAAAACGGUAUUUUGAGAAAAAUGAUAAAAAUGGCUGAGAAUAAACGAAUUCCAGACGACCAUAGAAGAAUAUCCGAUCUACAAUCCGAUGUCCGACUUCACCUUCAAAUCUGGAAAGACUUAUAACAGCGGCGCUUUUCCAAUUGAUGCGGUUUGAAUUCGAAAAUUGUCCAUUAUAAGCCAUAUUGUCUUUAGAAUCGAAGGAAUUUCGGUUUUUGUGGUAGAACUGGAGCGGGAAAGUCAACUCUUAUAAAUGCUCUCCGAGGCCUGAGCACUGGGGAUCCGCAGAGCGCUGGUCGGAAUCCUUGUGAUCGAAUGGAGCCUUUCAGGUUAGCUUCAAUUUUUCUUUCCGAAUAAAAUUAUGAAAACUUCAAGGUUCAUUGAAGGAGAUCUGCAGCAGUCGGUUCUCUGGGAAGUACCUUAUCCCAGGACUUUUUCAUCGAUCAGUGAUGUUUUUGAUGCGAAUAUGGGUUUCGACAAGUUCUAUGAGUGAGUUUUGUAAUUGUAUAGAUGAUAUUAUGUUGAGUGUGACUUUUAAAAUGAAAAAACUACUUUCGUUCGUUUUUUAUUUUAUUUUUUUAACACUUUGCUCGUGAGAUUAUUUGUUUGCACACCUGACACCAAAGUUAACAACAAAGUCUUAAUACUUUCAAAAUUUUCAGCAAUUUUUCAUUUCAGUUCAAUUUUAUUUAAAAAUCUCCUUUUCUUCUUAAAAAGUUCAGAAGGCUUUUUAGAUGAUCUACGACUUUUUCAGCACAUUCAAGUCUUGAUAAACGAAUGAAAUGUUUUUUUUUCAGAGUUCACAAACUUCGCCUUUUCAAGAGGCUAUUCAUUCUGAUUCCGGAUGGAGCUCCAACUGAUGAAGACGUUACAUUUGCUCGAGUGGCUCAUUCAAGGUACUAAUUCCAUAAUAGUUCAUUUACCACGGCCUUAAGACGUUCAUAAUGAAUAUUUCAUGCAACGUCCAUUUUUUUGAAACGGACGAGAUUUACAGAAGAACACCGAUAACCUUCCUAUUGACCAAAAGCGAUGACGACCUGGACGCGGAAAGUCGAGAAACCGGCAAAGCCUUGGACCAAGGAAUGAAAAGGCAGUAUGAAAGCGCCGGUUCCGAAAUUCAAUCUUAUAGUUGAAUCAACCUAUGUUUACAGCAAGAAAUGUAUUUUCGAGAUACUUACAAAACAAAGCUCAAGUUCUGACGGCCGUGGAGCUUAUACUCGUCAGUGCACCAACUAUCAAAAAUCUCGUCAAUGGGACCGUUGGGUGAGCUUUUUGGAAACAUCCCUUUACUUUGGUUAUAAAAUUCGAUUUUUUAGAUAUUUGCACUAUUUACUCAACGAAGAACAAUUAUUAGAAAUUCUCGAUUUGAAAACAGGAUGCCACUAUGCUCUCGAGAAUCGCCUACGCAAAGAAGUAAUUUUUUUCGGACUAUUUGAGCGAAACGCAUGAUUUCCAGCGGGAAGACCUUGAACUUCGAAGACCCAGCAGAAUCGAUAUUGAAAAUUACCGCAUCGUAAGUUCUGAAAAAGUUUCUGAUCCCAUUUUGAAGUUUUCAGGACGGUCAAGUGGUCCCCAAAGUAUCGAAUCAAGUAGAAAAGUCGACGUUUUUGGCGGACGCUGGCUUUGAAAUUGUCUAUGGGACUGAUGACCGAUUGUAUAAUAGUUUGGAGCCAAAAACUAUGAUUCGAAGGGCUGGAAAGGUAAGAUUCUUGACGAAAAAAGUUCAGAAACUUAGUUUCUCGUACUCAAUCACCAAGAAAACUAUCAAAUUAGUAUUGAUGUGACUUUCUCACAUAAAAAAAUGUAUUUGAAACGCGAUAUUAGCAUGCUGAAAUAUUUAAAAUCACCAAAAGGAUCUGAAAAACUUUGCAAACUUUCACGAACCGUAAAUCGUGGUUACCAUUACAUUCCAGUUUUUUUUCUUCCUAUUGAAAAAGAUUUUUUUAUGCCAAUCUGCUGUUUUUCAUCAAAAUACUGUUGAUGAUGCAAUCAAUAAAUUAUUUCCCCUGACAAUUGAUCGAGAAAAAUUAAACGCUACAUUUUCAAGACAUCCUUCAACUACGGUUUCAUCGGCGGCUCUGGCGUCGGAAAAUCAGCUCUGAUCAACGCGAUGCGAGGAAUGAGCUCUAAACAUCCUUUAUCAGCUGGCAAAGUAAUGUUUUCUUUAUUAGUUCUGUAUCCGUCAAAAAGCAAAUUUCAGAGUCGUGUAAAGCCUGGCGGCUGUGAACGCUUCGAGUUUGACGACAAUAUCUUGAAGUACAGCGUCACUUUGUGGGAACUGCAUUAUCCCAAGAAAAUCAACUCGUUUUUCGAAUUCGUCGAGUAAGUUAUCUAUUUCCGAUGACGAUUUCAUUUUGAGCAAGGUCAAUUGAUUUUUUUUAUCGAGUUUUCGAGUAGAAAAUCAGAGUUAAACAUGUUUCGUAGAGUAAAGAGGAAACACUGUCACACUCAAAAAAGAUUGAAGUUAUUCAACUCUAUCGCAGUUUCCGAAUUUUCUAGUUAAAAGCCAGUUUCAAAAGUUUUCUUCCUGUAGCUGCUAAUUUUGGAGCCUUCAGGGUUUUUUGCGUAACUAGUUUCACGGUCGGUUGCAUAAAAAAACUGGCCUUUCCGCAGCUCGUUUUCAAAUUUUUUUAAACUAUAAUUAAAAAGCCUGAAUCUUUACACUUCACAUUUAUUCUCACAAACAUGUUUUUUUCGAUUAAAAAUUCUUAUAACUGACAUUUUCCAGUCGCCAUAACCUAUCCUCCUUCACUGCCCUUUUCAUAAUCGUGAAUAAUGUGCCAAGCGAUAUGGACCUUUCGUUUGCCAAAAUUGCUUUCCGUAGGAAUACAACGGUGAGUUUCAUCUCAGAAAAUCACCUAGAUUCAAAAAUUAACAGAUCUUGUUCCUUGCUUCAAAAUGCGAUAAGAAACUUGCUUCUCGUAGCAGAUCGGAUGAAAUUCCCGUUUGUGACCUUCUCAAGCAGCGAUAUAUUGAUAAAGGUACGUUUUUAAUUUUUUUUAUAAUUGUAUGCAAAUAAUGCAAAAGGGAAAAAACGAACUAUUUUUACUUUGAAAAGUAAUAUAACUUGGAGAACUUGAUAAGCCAAAAUUUACCUGAUUUUCAUGUUUUCAGCUAUGGACAAAUUCGACAAAGCCUUGUCGAGCAGUGCUCCUGAACUCAGCGGCCGUGUUCACGUAUUUUUUGUAUCUGCGCCUGUUUUCAAAGCUCUCCGAAACGGUAAUCUCAAAAGUAACAUAAAAUUUUAAUUUUCCUCUUCAGGAGAUCCCCGAGGGACGCAAUUUGUUUUACAUGAACGAGCCGUUUUUGAUUUUCUGAAGUCUAGAAGGUUAUAAUGCGUUUUUAUAAACCUUUGAAUCAACUUUGAUCCUUCAGAAUGAUCGCCGAUAUGUUAGAUGAGCCUCCGGAAAUGAAAGAAGGCAUAUACGCUAACGUUAACCUCGAAACUGCCGGCACGAUUUGA